GGGGAGGAGGGAGGGAGGAAAAGAGGAGGAGGCGGAGGAGAACUGAGCUGAGCAGAGCAUCGAGCCAAAGGGGAGAUGAGUUUGUCUGUCCUCGGAUAAGGCUCCGGCCCGGCCUAAGGAACUGGGAGCGCGGGUUGGAGCGACACUCGUGGAAGUGGGAGGUGGCGGCUCUGGGACCUUAACCCCUUGUGGGCUCUGCGGCUGGGGACUUAACCCUUUGUGGGUCCGGUCCCUCGGAGGCAGCGUCAUCGGGUACUUUUAACCCCUUCGGGGCUGGGUUUAACCCAUUGGACUUAACCUCAUCUCCUAGCCCACCAAUUCCUCCAUUGUGGGGGCGCUCUGCGGGGAGGCUUGAGGCCGACCCCCUCCGCACAUUACGCACUGUUUCUGCUGCUGCACCCCUUUGGACCUGCUAGCUGGUCGCGCUGUGGCGCUUAACCCUUUACUGACUUGAGCUCCCCCAAGUUGCAAUUAGAGUUUGCUGACAGGACAAGCUAAAGGCGUCUCAGCAGGAACUGCCUAAGUGGAUUCUGUUGGACAUUUUUUUUUUUCAAGAAAAGAAAAACCUUUUUUCCUCAAGGACUUAACAGCCAAAAUUCUUCAAACUUUGAGAAGAGGACUCUUUUAGCCAUGGCCGAGCCACUCGUGUCGGAAUAUCAGCACCAACCUCAAACUAGCAACUGUACAGGUGCUGAUGCUGUCCAUGAAGAGCGGAACCCCGAUCGCCCCCCAGGCGCGGAGGAGCCGGUGCCGGAGGAGGACAGUAGGUGGCAAUCGAGAGCGUCCCCCCAGUCGGGUGGCCGUCCAGGGCAGGAGGGGGAAGGGAGCCUGGAACCCCAGCUGCCUCCUUUGCAGACCCAGGUCUGUCCAGAACCUAGCUGCCUGGAAGCAGACGAGAAGGGCCAGAAUGGAGACGAUUUGUCCGCUGGCGGAGCAUCGCCACAGGCGGCGGGAGGGGAGCCGAGGCCCGAAAAUGAAUCGCUCACCCAGCCAUGCCACGACUCCGAAGCCAGCAAGUUGGGGGCUCCUGCCACUGGAGGUGAGGAGUCGUGGAAACAGCAGCAGAGACAGCUGGGCAAGAAAAAACAUAGGAGACGCCCCUCCAAGAAGAAGCGGCAUUGGAAACCGUACUACAAGCUGACCUGGGAGGAGAAGAGAAAGUUCGACGAGAAACAGAGCCUGCGAGCUUCGAGGAUUCGAGCCGAGAUGUUCGCCAAGGGCCAACCAGUCGCGCCCUAUAACACCACGCAGUUCCUCAUGGAUGAUCACGACCAGGAGGAGCCGGAUCUCAAAACCGGCUUCUACCCCAAGCGGGCUGCAGCCAAAUCUGACACCAGCGAUGAAGAGUUUAUGGAAGAGGCUGGCGAGGAGGAUGGGGGCAGCGACGGGAUGGGAGGAGACGGCAGCGAGUUUCUGCAGCGGGACUUCUCGGAGACUUACGAGCGGUACCACGCGGAAAGCCUGCAGAACAUGAGCAAGCAGGAGCUUAUCAAGGAGUACUUGGAGCUGGAGAAGUGCCUCUCCCGCAUGGAGGACGAGAAUAACCGGCUGCGGCUGGAAAGUAAGCGCUUGGGUGGCGGCGAGGACGCGCGUGUGCGGGAGUUGGAGCUGGAGCUAGACCGGCUGCGCGCCGAGAACCUCCAGCUGCUGACGGAGAACGAACUGCACCGGCAGCAGGAGCGAGCACCGCUGUCCAAGUUUGGAGACUAGACUGAAACUUUGGGGGGGAGGGGGCAAAGGGGACUUUUUACAGUGAUGGAAUGUAACAUUAUAUACAUGUGUAUAUAAGACAGUGGACCUUUUUAUGACACAUAAUCAGAAAAGAAAAUCCCCCCGGCUUUGGUUGGUUUGGUAAAUUUAGCUAUGUUGUAGCUUGCGUGCUUUCUCCUGUUCUUUAAUUAUGUGAAACUGAGGGAUGCAUUACUUUUCCUUUUAGAAGUUUUUUUUUUUUUCUUAAGUGUAAGUCAUUUGACCAAGUUACAAUGCAUUUUUCUGUUAAAAAUCCUCUCCUUAAAAGGAUCUAUAAGGUGGCCAAAUCUGAGAACCAUUAAAUUCAUUCUAGUUAUAAUAAAUUUAAUAUUUGUAAAUGUAACAUAGUUUAAGUGUGAUUUCUAGAGCCAAUUCAAAAAUAGUACUGAUCUAUGCGAUUACAUUCUGGGGGAGUAAAGAAAUCAUUAAAUUUAUUAGUUUGAAAAAAAUCUUUAAUGGGAGAAUUUUCAAUUUGCCGACUUUUCCCUUGAAUUAAUCUUAGUGUGCUACAAUAUAUAGUUGACAAAAUAUAAAGAUUUAAAUAGC